AUGGCUCCCGAUAAGAAGGAUAAGAAGCGCAAGGCCGCGACCACAGUCGCCGCCGACUCGCCCGCAAAGAAGACGAAAAAGGUCGAUGCGAAACCCGCCGAAACCCCCAAGGAAACCCCCAAGUCUAUUCUGAAGAAGAACAAGAAGGAUGGCCCCGCCACAGAGGAUAAGCCCGCGGCCAAGUUGAAGGUCAAUGGCGAGCCGGCCAGACAGGUCAAGCCUCGCAAGCGGGCCGCCGAUUUCCUCAGCGACGACGAGAACGAGCCCGAGGUUGCUGCGGCUAAGCCCACGGCCAAGCCCAAGCCUGAGACCGAGGAGAAGAAGCAGCCCAGCAAGAAGAAGUCAAAGAAGGAGGACGGAACACCUGCGCCCGCGCCAAAGGCCAAGACAGCCGCCGCUGCUGCGAAGCCCAAGGCGAAGAAGCCCGAGCCUGAGCCCGUUGUUGAGGAGUCGGAGUCGGAGUCGGAGGCGGAAGAGGAUGAGGAUGUGAUGUCCGUCGCGUCCGAGAGUGGUUCUGAGGAAGAGGAUGAGGAUACUCUGGACGACCAAACAGCCGCUCUGAUCAGAGGCUUUGAGAGUAGCGGCGACGAGGACGAGUCUGGCGACGAAGGGUUCGACCCCGACCAGCCGGUGCCCAAGAUCCCCGACUCGAAGAAGGCGAAGCGCAAGAUUUUGAAGAAGCAGAAGAAGCAGGGUGAGCCGGAAGAGCCUGGCACAGUCUAUCUCGGUCGUAUCCCUCACGGUUUCUACGAACACCAGAUGCGCGCCUACUUCUCGCAAUUCGGCGAGAUCACCCGUCUGCGUCUGUCGCGUAACCGCAUUACUGGCCGCUCCAAGCAUUACGCCUUCGUGGAAUUUGCCUCGACAACGGUUGCCAAGAUUGUCGCGGAGACCAUGGACAACUAUCUGAUGUAUGGCCAUAUCCUGAAGUGUAAAUUCGUCCCCUCCGACCAGCUGCAUCCCGAGGUCUGGAAGGGUGCCAACAGACGGUUCAAGCGUACCCCUUGGAACCGCAUCGAGAAGAAGCGACUGGAAAGGGGCAAGACCCGGGAGCAAUGGUCAGAGCGCAUCGAGAGGGAGCAGAAGAAAAGGCUUGCCAAGGCCGAGAAGCUCAAGGCUCUGGGAUACGAAUAUGAGCUCCCCCAGCUGAAGAGCGUGGAGGAUGUUCCUGUCCAGGAAGAGCCCAAGGCGAUUGAAGGUUCCGAGACCCCGGCCGAAGAGCCCGUCAAGGCCAUUGAGGCACCUUCGACGCAGGAAAAGGAGGCGGAGAAGGUCGAGGAGACUCCUAAGAAGUCCAAGAAGGAGAAGAAGGGAACCCAGUCCACUCCUAAGCAGGAGACACCCAAGCAGGAAGGACAGAAGGCAGCCGUGAAGAAGGGAGCCAACGGCGCGGCGGCUUCGCCAGCUACCAAGGCUGGAGCAAAGCCCAGGAAGGCGGAAAAGGCCAAGGGUAAGGCCAAGAAGGCGUAA